AACGAUUAUGGAGGGAUGUAUUUGAGGGUGUACUUGGAUCGUGGUACUCCUUCUUCAGCAACAUGGAAAACCUUGGCCUAUUAUGCAUGGAUAACGAAGACCAUAUUUUUUUGAUGCACUACAUAUACCGUCCCAUAAUAGACAAUAUGCUUCAACAAUUUGUAAAUAUGUGGAACAACCACAAGCUAAGAACAGCACAACACAAGACACCCAAUCAGCUGUUCAUACUAGGAAUGCAGAAUAUUGCUUGUGAGAAUGGUAUUAUAUCAUCUGAGUACUUCGAAAGGCUAACUGAGGAAGAAGCAGUUGAAUUUGGAAUUGAUCCUGAUUGUGCCACUUCAGAAGAAAAUUCAGAAUAUGCAGUUGUAGUACCAGACACUGUAUGUCCUCUCAUCUAUGAAAAGUUGCUUGAUUUCACCAACGAAAUAGAUGCUGCAUUCACAAGCUAAGGAGAUUUUUGGGAUCCGGCAUUGUUUUUAAAAGGUCUUGAAAUACUCACAAAGUAUAAGUACAGUAAUUGCAAAACAGUAUGCUGUCACUGCUUAAUUAGCGGUUUUAUAGACAAUUGUAUACAUUUUGUUACAAGUUGCACUACAUUAAUUCUUAGAGUACCAGAUAUUUGCAACCAAAUUCUGUAUCAUUUAGUCAAAACUUAAAAAUUGCUAAUCAUGUUUUGACCAGUUUCCUUUUUUGGUUUUUGUUUAAUAAACCAUAAAUAAAACUCACACAA